AUGGUCGCCCCAGGUAUUGGCGGCCUCGACACGCCGCGAACAAACCUUGGCGAUGCGACAUACCUUAGCCGACAACCCGACUUCGACAUGUCGCAAGAGGUUUCUUUCCAGUCUCCUCCGGCGAAAGACAACAACUUGGUGCAACAAAUGCGCAACGGGCGCUCGGCAGGCAUCAACCUUCGCACGCCGCGGGGUCGCGGACCCUUUGCAGACCGAAAAAACCUACCUGCAGGCCUCGGAGGAGCAGAAUUCACUCCUAUGCUGAAGUCAGCCACGAGGAAUAGCAUCCGUCGAAGGUCUGGCAAGGAGAAUGGCUUCGUGCCGAACACGCCCGCACUGAACAAAAUCGACGAGGACAUGACGCCAAUUCCCAAUAUCGACACCUCCAUGUACCAAUCCCGGUCCUUCGUGGAUCGCACGCCACUCCCCGAAGUCGACAGCACGAGCACUGCGUCUACACCGCUUGUAGUCUUGCCGCGACGCGACGGAAAAGGCCCUCUGCAAGACGGAAACCAGUUGUCGCUUCGGGAGCAGGAGAGCGUAAUCGAUAAAAUCGAAAAGGAAAACUUUGGCCUGAAACUCAAGAUUCACUUCCUCGAAGAGGCUUUGCGGAAGGCCGGUCCCGGCUUCAGCGAGGCGGCGUUAAAGGAGAACACCGAGCUGAAGGUCGACAAGGUGACCAUGACGAGGGAGCUUCACAAGUACAAGAAGCACCUGACAUCGGCCGAGAAGGACCUCGAAAGCUACCGACAACAGAUGAUGGAGUUACAAGAGAGGGCCAAGAAGAAGUACGCAGACCAGAAACAACUAGCAGAGAUUGAGCGACUGCAGCAAGCUUUGGAGGACAGAGAAGCCGAUCUCGACGACAUGCAGCGCCAAUUGAGUCAGGGACAGCACGAUCAAGGGCAGGUGGACAAACUGCAAGACGAGAUUGGCGAUUUGGAAGCAGAACUUCGCGAGAAGGAGCGCCUUCUAGGAGACCAUGAGGACGAAAUUGACGAGCUCAAGGCGAAGCUGGACGACGUGGAGGACAAGAUGAAGGAUGCCCAAAGACGAAUGAUCGAGCUUGAGCAACAGGGACAGUCCAACGAUGAUUUAGAGGAAGCAAGAGAUACCAUUGACGAUCUGGAAACCAAUGUCCGUCGCUUGGAAGAGCAAGUCGAAGAGAUGAAAGACAAACUCAACCAGGCCAUUGCAGACAAGGAGCAAGCAAAGGGUGAUUUGGAAGAGCUUCAAGAGGAGCUGGCGAAUAAGUCAAUUGCCACGAAGGGGCUCUCGCGACAAAAGGAGGAGAAGCUUUUGCGCCUGCAAGCUGAGCUAGAGGAGGCCGACACAAGAUUCGCCAAUAUCGAACGGCAGCUUUCCGAAACGAUCAAGGAGAAUGACGAGCUCAAGAACGCUGCCAAGGAAGAUCGCCGUGCCCGCGAAGUCUCGGAGCGCGACUACCAGUCACAUUUGGCCAGAAUCGAACAGCAGCUCUCCGACGUAACGAAAGAGAAGGAUAGCUUUAAGAACGCCGUGCAUGAGGGCCGUCAAGAACGAGAAUUCUCUGAUCGCGAACGCCAGUCGCUGCUGGCUCAAGUGGAAGAUCUGAAAAGGGACUUGGAGUCCAGGCUGGACGAGAAGAAUAUGCUGCAAAGUCGUCACGAGGCCUUGACAGGCGAGUCUGACUCUCUACAACGAGACGUGGCGCGUCUUCAAAAGAACGUGGAAGAUUUGGAGGAGAGCCUCGCCCAAGAGCGGGACCAUGCCCUUGAAAUUGAAAGGGAUAUCCGCAGCCAAUACAGAGACGAAAUCGACAGGCUUAACGAUGAAAUCUCGGACCUCCAGGCUGAAAUUCGGGAGAAAGACAACCUCUACGACAACGACAGCGAAAAAUGGGAAACAGACCGCCAAACCCUGGAUUCGGAGCGCAAACGGGCGGAGGAAAAGGCCUCGGGCUUGGAAAGGACGAUUGCAGCUCUGCGCGAGGCUGAAGGCAAUCUAUCAACAAAGGAAUCAAGAUUGCAGGAAGCACUAGAGAGCGAAGCUCAACGUCACAAGGACGAGAGAGCAUCCCUCACAAGGCAAAUUGAGGACCUCCAGCAAAAUCUCGAGACACGGCAGUCUAUGCUCAAUGAGUUGCGGAGUGAAUUAUCUCAAGUUCAGGAUGAGCUCCGACAAACUCAACUAGACUACCAAGCGCAAAGCGAGAAGAUUGAGGGGCUGGAGGAUGAAGUUGAGGUCCUUCAAACGACUUUAGACGAGGAAUCAGAACAUUCUCGCGAGGAACUGGAAGCUGCAAGGAAGGAAUGCGACGCGCUGAAGCUGGAGCUCGAUGAGGUACACCGUGGUACGGCCUCGGUCUCUCAAGAGAACGCCAGCAAGUCGAAUCAAGCCAUCGAGCGACUCCGAGUUCAGCUUGACGAGGCCACAUCACUCGUGUCGAAGCUGAACAAGGAGAAGGAAUCACUCCAAGACAGGCUGCAAACCCAAAUCUCCGAGUCGACUGUGCAGGUGAAUAGGGUGUCUCGCGAGAAGCAGACGCUGCAAGAUCAACUUGCGAACCUCAACCUCGAAAUGCACUCCUUACGCAGCUCAUUGGCCGAAGCAAGGGCAGAGCGUGAUGAGGUUGAGAGCGAAAUGAAGCGCUUGCAUCAGAACGGCGAGGAGACCCUCCGCAUCGAUCGAGAGCGCCUGGACUUGAGGACAUCAAAGUUGAAGCUUGAUAACGAGGUACGAAGACUCAAAGACGAGAACGCGGCUUUGGCGGAGCAAAUGCAGAACGUCGAAAAGUCUCUCGAAGACGAGAUCGAAAAAGCCGCAGAAGAGGAGGAUCGCCUCAACCAGGAAAUUCGCCAGCUUCAAGCCAAAUUGAGGGAGGUGUCUUCAUCAGAAGGUCACGAAUCAGUUGCUACACGACGCACAAUACGAGAACUCGAACGGCGAAUCAGAGACUACGAAGACCAGCUCGCGACGACUCAACAAAUCCCUGCUAACAUCGGUGAGGGUAACAGCGAGAUGUCCAUUAUUCGCCGCGAUCUCUCUACAGCACGACAGAAGGAACGCGAGCUCCUCCAACGUGAGGCAGCCCACAAGGACGUUGUCAAGGGUCUCAAGAAGCAGAUCGCAGACCUGGAGCGCAAUGCCCACGAUGCUGAGAUGUCUCGGCUUAUUACAUCUCCAGCAUCCUCCAGUCCUUCAGCCAGAAAGUCCGAAGUCACUGAGCUGCGCCAUCAACUUUCUACCGCACAGCAAUCGAUUCAGACGUUCAAGACCAAGGCUCGCGAGGCCGAACGCAAAGCCUCUAAAUUCGAGCAAGAUGUGCAAACCCAGCUUGAUGAUCUGGAAGACCAGAAGCUUGCUUUGGAGCAGGCACUGGAGGAUGUCCAGCGCGAUGCUGACGAAGCUACCGUUCUCCACGAAAAGGCACUGCAUCGUCUGAGGCAGAAGCUUGAGAAGGCAGAGCAAGACCGGCAGCUUGUAAGCCACGGCCGUCACAACAUCGAGAACAUGUCGUCCUCCGAGAAGAGAGACCUCCAGGAAUUGCUCCGCAGAACACAAAGCGAAGCAGACGCUCUCGAACACGACGUCAUCCAGCAGCAGGAGACUAUUGAUGAGCUGACGGCCGCCGAGGGCUCGCUUCGUCGCAAGCUCGAGAGGGCGCGGGCGGAGCGCGCAGCCUACCGCCUGACCGCAGAGAAGCUGCAAAAGGACAUCAGAGACCUCAAGGCGCUGGCCGCAGCGGAGAAGAAGAACCCGCGGGCAGCCCGACUCGCCGCCGAGACGGACGAGAGGAUGAGGCAGACGGACGAGGCGCUCGAGACGGUCAUCCGUGCCGCCGAGAAUGCGGACGCGAAGCACACCAAGGAGCUCCGCGGCAUGACGCUGCAGAUGGAGUGGAUGCAGGCGCGGUGGAAGCGGGAGGUCAGCAUGCGCGCCGACGCGGCGUACGCGAAGAAGUUCUUGCAGCUGGAGCUCGACAUUGCCAACGCAUGCAACAAGGCUCAGCUGCGUGAACUGGAGCAGAUCCGGUGCGAGCUGCUCGGCAGCCGCAGACCCCUCCCACCCUCAUCCUCCUCGGCGACGGCGAGGAAGCAAACAGCGUCCGGCCGACCGACGCUCAAGACGGUGGCGACGAUGGCACGCUUCAUUGCCAGAAUGCAGAUCUCGGCGCGCGAAUGGGCCAAGCACGAGGCCACGCGCCAGAAGCUGGCCGACUGCGUCGACGAGAUGCGCAAGACCAAGAGGCGGAAGCAGCUCAAGGUCGUGCAUGCCGAUGACGACGUUGCGGCCUAA